UAACUGCAGCGGGUGACACAGACAAAAAUAAGUAACAAGCGUUGGCAACACAAGCUAGCUAAACCAAGAAACAAACGUAGGUCAUGUUAAGUAACAACACUAGCGUGACAUGAAGCAGGGGGCUGAAAAUAUAUGUAUAGUAUCUUACGUCUGCAUCCGCCAUGAGAACUCUGAGUUCUUGUAAACUUUCAUUGAUGCGAGCCCUUCUUUUCUUCUCGACCAGAGGUUUUCUCAUCUGCCAAAAACACGGUGAGGCGGCUUUUCCUCCAGACCCACACAGUGCUUGUUCGUCAGAGAAGACGCUCUUCUGAGGUCACUGAGCCCCGGGGGCGAGACUGGUCUGCUGCUAUAUAAUCUUCCCGGCUCGGUGGAUGAAAUCAGCUCACUAAAAUCCUCUUACGAGAUAAAGCAAACAUACACUUUAACAAACAAACAUGGUGAAGAUCACUUUCCAGACAGUUUCGGCGCAGAAGCAAGAAAAAGAGAUCGAUGGAGAAAAGAUCAUUAUACCUCAGGCUCACGAGCAGCUUAUUCUUCCCAUCAGGCCCAAGAAGACUUUUCCAAUUGGCCUCUGCUGCCUCACCUUUGGUCUGGUGGUCUUCAUGUCAGGACUGAUGCUGGCCUCUAUCUACGUCUAUCGCUACUACUUUAUACCUCAGCAGAUCCCAGAAGACAGCUUGUUCCACUGCCGGGUAGUCUACGAGGACUCUGUAUACGCUCCUCUGAGGGGCCGACAAGAACUCGAGGAGAAUGUGGGCAUCUACCUUGACGACAACUACGAGCAGAUCAGUGUACCUGUGCCACACUUUGGAGGCAGUGACCCGGCUGAUAUCAUCCACGACUUUCAGAGGGGCCUCACAGCUUAUCAUGACAUUGCUUUGGACAAAUGCUACAUCACCGAGCUAAACACAACCUUGGUGAUGCCUCCACGGAAUCUGUGGGAGCUGCUCGUCAAUGUCAAGAGAGGGACGUACCUUCCCCAGACUUACAUCAUCCAGGAGGAGAUGACGGUGACAGGGAGGGUGAGGAACAUGAGGCAGCUGGGCCCGUUUAUCCACAGACUCUGCUACGGCAAAGAAACCUACCGCCUCAGGCGCCGCAACCAGCACAGACGUAUUGACAGGCGCGAGACAAAGCGGUGCCAUAGCAUUCGUCACUUUGAGAACACUUUUGUGGUUGAAACCGUCAUCUGCGACAGGUUCUAAAUCUAGGACGGAAAUCACAGCCAUCCAACUCUGAAGCCAAUUUAAAACAUACCUCUUGAAUUCUUUAGGCUUGUAACUGCACUUUAAGAGCAAGUGUUUUUCCAACAGUUUUUACUUUCAGUUUCCUUUUUGUUUUGUCUCAAGUUGGAAAUGCUCUUUUUUUGUUCAUGUACAAUGUUAAUGUCUUUUUUUAUUCAGUCAGUCUGUAUAUUUGAAUGAUGUUAUGAAUGUGUUUGGAUAUAUCUGUAGCUUGUUAAGCUGUGCAUACAAUGUUAAUGUGUGUCAGUUUGUUACACUUACGUCAGAAAACCUGAUUUAAUUUCAUUUUAGACUUGUCCUUAUUGUUGUUAAGCAACCCAGUGCACUCUGGGUGAUGGUUAGGAUACUUGAAAGCUGCUUACACGGUGCACAUGUGUUAAUAUUUGUUUCUUGGUUGUUCUUUUGUUUUGUUUUGAAUGAAAGAAAAUGGCAAAACAUACCUCAUGUAGUUUAGACGUUACUUUGCUGGUUCGUAUCAUUAAUGAAUGGUGUAUAUAACUUUUAACUGUUCCUAAGCAAUAUAUACUGUAAAUUAAUUUUUCUUUUGGAUUUCAUAUUAUUACAUGCAUAGAUUUUUAUCUGAAAUCGACUUGUUUCGUGAAUUAUUUCUUUAUGGUUUGUGUCUUUAUUUCCUUUGGUAUGACAUUUUCCUACUUCUUGGAUACAAUGGCUUUAGACUGUAUUUAGUAGCAGUGCUUUAGAGGGACUGAAGGAACCAAAGUCUGCAGUCAGCGAUACUAUGCUUAGUCUUAAGGAUAUAUGAAAUAUUUAGAAAGAAUGCUUUUUAGUUAGAUCACUUACUGUAGAUGAUAUGAAAGGUUAAAAAUCAUUUUGUCUUGCUCUUCCUCCUCUUUACUUGGAUUUUUCCUGUUUUCUUUAGCCCUGCUAGUCCCCAAACCUUCCUAUUUUGAAAUUUUAAUCUCUACAAUGUUAAUUUGUCCCAAUUUAAAAAAAGAUUUGGGGUGUCCUAUGUAAUGUACCACCUGGAGCAAAUGAGUCUCUGUUGAGAGAGACCCGUGAUAUGCGCUGACAUCGUCCUGGAUUACCUUGUUUCAUUGUACAUUGUGUCGAUUUUUCUUGUAAUAUCUUGCUGCUUUAAGAAUAAAUGAUCAAACUUU